AUGCCAACAUAUGCAAAGUUUAUGAAGGAAAUCCUCACAAAGAAGAGAAGAUAUAUUGGAGAGGAAACCAUAGAGCUAGAGGCUAGAUGUAGUGCUAUCAUUCAGAAGAUUUUGCCUCCAAAAUUUAAGGAUCCUGGCAGUUUUACACUUCCAGUCACAAUUGGGAGCCUAGUUGUGGGGAAGGCCUUACUUGAUUUGGGUGCUAGCAUUAACUUGGUGCCUCUUUCUAUGCUCAAGAAGAUUGGGGAGUUAGAGAUCAAACCCACCCGAAUGACAUUGCAACUGACAGAUAGGUCAAUCAAAUAUCCUAACGGAGUAGUGGAGGACGUGCUGGUUAAAGUUAACAAAUUCCUAUUCCCAAUGGACUUUGUUAUAAUGGAGAUGGAGGAGAAUGUUGAAGUUCCUCUCAUAUUGGGGAGGCCAUUUAUGAAGACUGUAAGACUGCUAAUUGAUGUUGAUGGCAAACCCACCGUGAGAGUUCAAGAUGAAGAAGUGAACUUCAAUGUCUUUGAAGCCAUGUCUCACCCAAAGGAUGUUAAAUGA